UCUCAUCCUCUGCCCACCUGACAUAUUUUUACUGCACCCCCACAUCAGACAGGCUAGAUCUGGCCCUGGUAGACAAAAAUAAUGAAAUCCCUUGGUAGACAAUAACAUUUCCAACAGAUCAGAAUAUCAUCUGCAAAAGGCAUCCUUUCCUUUGUUUUUCUCCUGUAAUUAUCUUUCGUAUUGGUUGAAUUGGAGGAAACACUGACCCGUCUGUAGCUAAUGUAACGGUGAAGCCACCCCUCACUGUAAUGCACUAAAAAUAAUUAAUGUCCUGCAAUGCAAAGUAUUAGCAUGUGAGGAAUUAGUGAGCUGGCACUUAACAAUAGGAGCAGGUGGAAUUCUAGACAAAGCUAGGAAUGACUAGAAAGGAAACCAGAGCUUGUCUACCCAAAUUACACUAUUAUCAGGAAUGAGGAAGCUAAAAAGGGGGUUUAAUUUCAUGAACAGAAAUUUUUAUUUUUCACAGAUUAAUGGGAGCGAGAGAGAAAGAGAGAGAUCUGCUGAAUAUUUCCCACUCUGCUGGGAUGGGAACGUUGACUCUACUCAUCCUCCUAGCCACAGCCGGCAAUGCUCUUGGUGCUCCAGAUUUUUCAGUGUGCGGUUCCCCCUCGGUGUCCAGUCGGAUAGUUGGCGGUACAAAUGCGUUGGAUGGGGAGUGGCCCUGGCAGGUCGCUGUUAUAGAUAAAGAAUUAGAAGGAGAAUAUUUAUGUGGAGGGUCCCUGAUUUCACCGGAGUGGGUUAUGACGGCAGCACAUUGCAUCCACAAAUGGAUCCUCAUUGAUACAUGUUAUGUUCUGUUUUCUUUCUGCAGUCCUAUCCGGGUAUCAAAUUAUAAAGUAUAUUUGGGCAUGCACAAGCUGGGUGUGAUCAGCAAUCAUACAGUUGUUGCCACUGUAAGAAAUAUCAUUGUCAAUAGUAAUUAUACAAGUGAUGGAUACCCUGGGGACAUCGCCUUGUUGCGGCUGGCCACACCUGUCAACUAUACUCAGUACAUCAUGCCAAUCUGUCUGCCAUCUUCCAACACCACCUUCCCCUGUGGUACGGAGUGCUGGGUAACUGGCUGGGGUACAAGAUCUUCUGGUGGGAACGUAGUUAAGAAUGGGAUCCUCCAGGAGGUCAUGGUUCCCCUAAUUGACCGCAAUACAUGUCAAACGUAUUACAAUGAGGGAAGUUACGACCGCAUUCAGUAUGAUCAGAUCUGUGCCGGCUACAAGGAUGGGGGAAAAGACUCCUGCCAGGGUGACUCAGGAGGACCUCUGGUGUGUAAGGUCCAGGGCGUAUGGUACCAGGUUGGAGUUGUGAGCUGGGGAAUAGGCUGCGCAGAACCCAAAUUCCCCGGGGUGUACACACAGGUGACGGCCUACCAAGCCUGGAUCAGCUCCUACCUGAACGUUACAUUCAAUUAUGUGUCAAAUAUUCCUACACCAACAAUGACAUGUGGAGGAAGUUUCGUCGACACAGGGAACAUCAGCAGUGCAAAUACACACCUUUUUUCAAUAAGCACUGUAGGAAGCACUGUCUAUCCGUACACCAGUGCUUCUUUACCAGAAAACACAUCUGAAGAAGAAGGACCCAUCAUCAUAAUUGAUCCACACAAUGGAGUGACCCCCAGCCUUUCCCAUCAUUACUGCAUGAUCCUGGUCCCAACUACUCUUCUGCUGACACUAAUAUAAUGAAACACUUCCAUCCAGGGGCGGACUGAC